AUGUUUGAUUCCAGUGAACCAAUGCCAUGGUACUACUAUGUGGUCAUCACUUUCUUUCUUUUAUAUGUCAUGUGGAGUCUGUUUUACAUGGCAAAGCGGACAUGUGUACUGAGACAACUACGGCAAACCCAAGAACUAUCCUCUACUGCUGUUUCAGAGCAAGUAGACCCUGAGAGCCAAUUGGAAGACCUCGAACAUCAGAUGGAGCGACAAAGAGAAGAUGGAAGGGUCAAGGCGUUGCGACUUCGAAAGUUAAUGUAUGCCUUCAACUACGAAGUUUAUUCAGAAGACUCAACUAUUGGGGCAGUCCCAUUGAUAGCUGAAUCAUACAAGUGCAAGGCUGGGGAAGAUGGCGAGGGAGAGCAACCCGAUACCAACAGAGGAGCAGUGAAAAGAACGACAUUGGUCCUUGAAAAGGAAAAGAAGAAGGACAACUACAAAAACUCGCCCAGAACAAAAUCCAAGAAAUGUCUGAAGAAGUGCUGUUCAGGUGGUGACUCUUCGAACAGAACGUGCUCUGACGAAUCAUUAGUCACCUCAAGCACUAGGACUAUAGCGACGGCAAUAAUAUCUGAUGGAGAUGAGUCAACUACAGCCCUAUCAAGAAGGCUGGACAAGGAGUUGGGCAUGGAACCGGAGUGUGUUAUUUGCCUGGAACCCUACGAAUACGGUCAAGUGAUUUGCUCGGCCAAAACAGAGUCGUGUGGCCAUAUUUUCCAUGCUGAUUGCAUUCAACAGUGGGUGCAACAGAAUGAGGAAUGCCCUCUCUGCCGAGUGAAGCUAAUACAAGAAGAAGAAACAGUAUAA